CCUACAAUCAACAUCUAUCUAAAUAAGUGAACCCUGACACCAUGAGCUACUACGGAGGCUACUAUGGGGGCUAUGGGUCUGGGUAUGGCUGUGGAUGUGGCAGCUUCCGUGGCCUAGGCUAUGGCUUUGGCAGCUUGGGCUAUGGAGGCCUGGGCUAUGGUGGCUAUGGCUAUGGCUGCUGGCGUCCAUCUUGCUGUGGAAGGUAUUAUUCCUUGGUCCCUGUGCAAAUGGUGCCAUACACACUCACACAAACCAAACUCCAACAUCCGCCCAAAUCUGUGAAUCUUGACUCAAUGAGCUGCUAUAGUGGCUACUAUGGGGGCCUGGGCUAUGACUAUGGCUCUGGUUAUGGCUGUGGAUGUGGCAGCUUUCGUGGCUUAGGCUAUGGCUUUGGUGGCUAUGGUUAUGGAGGCCUGGGCUAUGGUGGCUAUGGCUGUGGCUACCGCCCAUCUUGCUAUGGAAGGUAUUACUUCUGUGGCUUCUACUGA